GCAUCUUACAAGUGAGAAGUUGGAGGAGGUGUAAGGGUUCUCACCCCUUAUUGGCAGCUUGGAGGUGCAGGAAUUCAUAUAUGCAUCCUUCCAAUAAGUAACGUGUGAUGCCACUUUGAGAGCAACUGAUCCUAAUGCAGUUCUAGCCUGAAGAAACGGUUUAUUACGAGCCUGCCACUUACAUACCUGGCAACAUCUUUGCCCGUCAACCACUACCCCGUCUACCACCGUGUCUACUACCCGGUCCAACCACCCUACCUCUACCACCAACCCUCAGUGGCAGAAGCUGUUGAAGAUGAAUGUUUUUUCCCAGCUUCAAUACCACCAGCCAGUUCUGGCAGAACCUACGUUUGUUCCUGAACCAGUGCCUGAGCCCGACUUGGUGCCUGUGCCCAAACCAGUGCCUGACCCCGACUUGGUGCCUGUGCCCCAGCCUGUGCCUGAAUCGGUGCCUGUGCCUGAACUGGUGCCUGUGCCUGAACUGGUGCCUGUGCCAAAAAAAAGAUGUGACAAAAAGAUGAUGAUCUGGGAGCAGAAGGAGAAGGAAAUUAGAGAGAAGAAGAUCCGGAAGGUGGUAGAGGCUGUUGAAGACCAGUGCUUUUUCCCCAUCUCCCCAGCUUUAAUACCACCAGCCAAUUAUGGCAGAACCUAUGUUUGUUCCCGAACUGGUGCCUACUCCAGAACCGGUCUCUGUGCCCAAACUAUUGCCUGCUCCCAAACCGGUCUCUGUGCCCAAACUAUUGCCUGCUCCCGAACCGGUCUCUGUGCCCGAAAUGGUGCCUGCUCCCGAACCGGUCUCUGUGCCCGAAAUGGUGCCUGCUCCCAAACCAGUCUCUGUGCCCGAACUUGUGCCUGCGCCCGAACCGGUGCCUGUGCCCGAACCGAUCUCUGUGCCCAAACCAGUGCCUGCGAUUGAGAAGGUCCUUCAAAAUAGGGAAAGAGUUGAAAAGCUCUUGUACCAAAAGAAGCCAAACCUAAGGCAGAUUUUAGAGGAAGAUAGAGAGAAGAAGAAGAUGGAGGUGGUCCUCAAGCAGAAACAGGAAAAGACAGAACAAGGUGGGUAAGUAAUGGAGAAGAAGGACAGGAUUGAGGAGAUCCUUCAAAAGGUGAAAAACGUUCAAAAGCUCUUGGACAAAAAGAAGAUUAUCCUGGAGCAGAAGGAGAAAAAAAUUAGGGAGAAGAAGAUCCUGAAGGUGGUAGAGGCUGUUGAAGAUGACUGUUUUUUCCCGUCUCCCCAGCUUCAAUACCACCAGCCAAUUCUGGCAGAAUCUAUGUUUGUUCCCAAACUGCCCGAACUCGUGCCUGCUCCCGAACUGGUGCCCAAACCGGUCUCUGUGCCAGAACCAGUGCCUGCACCCAAACCGGUCUCUGUGCCCGAACCAGUGCCUGUGCCCAAACCCGUGCCUGUGCCCAAACGGGUCUCUGUGCCCGAACCAGUGCCUGUGCCCAAAGCCGUGCCUGCAAUUUAGGAGGUCCUUCCUAAUAGGGAAAGAGUUAAAAAGCUCUUGCACCAAAAGAAGCUGAUCCUAAGGCAGAUUUUGGAGAUAGAGAGUGAGAAGAAGAAGAAGAUGGAGGUGGUCCUGGAGCAGAAGGAGGAAAAGACAGAACAAGUUGGGGAAGUAUUGGAGAAGAAGGACAGGAUUGAGGAGAUCCUUCAAAAGAAGGAAAAAGUUCCUUGCUCUUCAAAAGAAGGAAAAAGCUCUUGGACAAAAAGAAAAGUUGUUCUUUAAUUAAAACAACCCCCAUAAUUACACCAUUGUCAAUCCUUAAUCAUCACCAAUAACAUAACCAAUCAUCACCAAUAAGAUUUAUUUUACUUUUUAUUUAAGUGGGUUUGUUUAAAUGUUUCCCGCCCAUAUUUACAAAGCCACACCCCCAGGAUCUCAGGUGACCCUUGUGUAAAAAUAACAUUUUAAAAUCAGGACAAAACCCAAACCACUUCAUAUUCAGUAUCUAUGCUCCCUGCACAGGGUAAGUUAAUGACACUGUAGAAGAUAUUUAGUGAACUUUCCAGCUAAUGAGUUUUAUCUUGGUGUUUUGGUUUGAACUCAGCAUUGUCCUCACUUUCACUAAGAUGAAAUUAUUGGCACCCUUUGGUCGUUUUUGUUGACUAACUUGCUAUUAUGUAACAUUAUGUUGUGUGCUCAAUAGUUCUUCCUUUGAGCGACAAGAGCAACAUCACAACAUGUAGAAAUGACUUUUAAUCUAAAAAAUAAAUUAAAACAUUCAUACAGUAAAGCUGGAAUCAGUUUGUCCACAUUUCCUCUAUCCAU